AUGCCGCAAUCCGGGAUCGGUGCCGAGCACUACAAGCCGAGGGAACGGAGAACUGAUCUUGAAGUUUUGGACUUGAAUCACCCGACGUCAAGAGACCAAUCUGCAAGGUUGCCUAACCAGAACGCACAAAUCGACGAGGAUCCUGAGCGCCGCAACCCUCGCAGUCGUCCACCUCGAGAUAACGACGCAGAGUCGGCCUCUUCAUCCUCGCAUGGCCGCACUCCGAGCAGGUAUACGAGGUCUGGCUCUGUACAGACACAGCAAGGAGGACAUUAUCGUGUACACCGAGUGGUUGCGAGCGCCGCAGUCGUAGCGACUCCAACCCCUGCGACAGGAGGAAUCGAUCAAAGCAUGCUUCUGCAAGCCUUGAAGAUGCUUGAGCAGCAGCCUAACCCGGCACUCGUGCCAAAGCCCAAUGGCUCAUGGCGUACAUGCGUUGACUUUACAGAUCUGAACAAAGCCUGUCCCAAAGACAGCUUUCCUCUUCCUAGCAUUGACCAGCUUGUCGAUGCCACUGCAGGUCACGCACUUUUAAGCUUCAUGGAUGCGUACUCGGGUUACAAUCAAAUCCCGAUGUAUGAACCAGACCAAGAACAUACCUCGUUCAUUACUGAUCGAGGAUUAUACUGCUACAAAGUAAUGCCUUUCGGUUUGAUAAACACAGGUGCGACUUAUCAAAGGCUAGUGAAUAUGAUGUUUGCAGAUCUUAUUGGAAAGACAAUGGAGGUAUAUAUUGACGAUAUGCUCGUAAAAUCGCAACAUGCAGAGGAUCAUAUUACGCACUUACAGGCCAUGUUCGACAUAUUGCGACGAUACAAGAUGCGUCUAAACCCAUUAAAAUGCGUCUUUGGAGUGGGUUCCGGAAAAUUCCUUAGUUUUAUGGUAAAUCAGCGAGGAAUAGAGGCCAAUCCUGCGAAGAUUAGAGCGUUGGUAGAAAUGCCGUCACCAACUAAGCCAAAGGAGGUUCAGAGCCUCACAGGCAAAGUCGCGGCUUUAAACCGCUUCAUAUCCAGAUCCUCUGACAAAUGUAAAGAGUUUUUCCAGACUUUGAAAGGUAACAAAAGGUUUCAAUGGGAUGAGAAAUGCGAGCAGGCUUUUCAAGCGUUAAAAACGCAUCUGGGGCAACCUCCAGUUCUAUCAAAACCGUUGCCCGGAGAAGUUUUGUUUAUUUAUUUGGCCGUCACCGAAUACGCGAUUAGUUCAAUACUAGUCCGCGAGGACCAAGGACGUCAACACCCGGUGUACUACGUCAGUAAGCGAUUAUUAGACGCCGAGACGCGUUAUCCUCAAAUGGAGAAACUGGCUUUCGCCUUGAUAAUAUCCUCAAGAAAAUUGCGACCUUAUUUCCAGGCUCACAGCAUUGAAGUUUUGACAAACUUCCCCUUAAGGCAGGUUUUGGCAAAGCCAGAAGCAUCGGGGAGAUUGUUAAAAUGGGCGAUGGAGUUAAGUCAGUUCGACAUCAGGUAUAAACCAAGAACUGCGAUCAAGGGGCAAGCCUUGGCAGAUUUUAUACUUGAAUUCCCAAGCACCGAGGUGGCAGUUGUAGAGGGUGGAAAUGACAUUGCCGUGGCAAGCAAAGAAGUAUGGACAUUGUAUGUCGAUGGAGCCUCAAAUAAUGAAGGUUCUGGCAGCGGGAUCUUGUUAAUCAGUCCCAAUAAUUUCAAGGUACACGCUGCUCUGCGUUUUGAAUUCUCUGCAUCUAACAAUGAAGCCGAGUAUGAGGCUUUAAUCGCAGGUCUAAAAUUAGCUCUCGAGAUGAAAGUCGAGUAUCUACAAGCUUUUAGCGACUCUCAAAUCGUGGUAUGCCAAGUGAGUGGAGAAUACCUAGCAAAAGGCGGAAGAUUGGUUAAAUACUUAGCCAUCGUUCGUGAAAUAAUGCAGAAGUUCAAACAUGUAGUUGUGUCUCGAGUACCGCGUACUCAAAAUGCCCAUGCAGACGCAUUGGCCCGACUGGCCUCCACCAGAGAAGCCGAAUUACUCGAUGUAAUUCCGGUAGAUGUAUUGACUCAUCCAACCAUAGAUCGAGAAACAAUCAUGGAGAUCGAUGACGUUCAGGAGAUUACCUGGAUGACUCCCAUCCUCGCAUACCUUGACAAGGGGCUCCUACCUGAUGAUAAAAUAGAAGCAAGGAAAUUGCGACAGCGAGCAGCCCGUUAUGUGAUAUAUGACCAGAGUUUGUAUCGCAGAAGCUUUAGUCAACCACUUCUCAAAUGUAUCAGUGGAGAAGGCUGCGGUUACAUACUGCGUGAAGUGCACGAGGGAAUUUGUGGCAAUCAUACUGGAGGUAAUUCCCUCGCCUUAAAAAUUAUGCGGCAAGGGUAUUACUGGCCAACAUUGCGACAAGAUGCCCUCGCAUUUGCAAAAAGGUGUGGUAGAUGCCAGCGAAUAGCCACUUACACACACCAGCCCCCGAGUAACCUCCAUUCUAUCACGAGCCCCUGA